GUCGCUUCUCAAUCUUCUCUUCCUUCUCUCUCUUUAUUUUGCUCCAACCAAUCAUUCCUACUUAUACGCUUAUAUAUAUACUUUUAAUCACAAAAUAAAUCAUAAACCGCCAUACAAAAACACAGAGACGUAUGUAUAUAUAAGAAACAAGAAGCUUGUCUAUUUUCACCUGAAUCACAUCUACCUUUAAGCUCCAUCGAAGAUGAUGAAAAUGAAGAAUCUUCUUAGUUCAAGAUUAAAGUCUUCCUCAGCAAGACAAGCAGAAAAUUCCGAGAAGGAAUAUCGUCGUAGCUUGACGUCCAAGCUAAGUGUUAGCGAGGAGUACAAGGAAGCUUUUAGGACAAAGUCCUACUUAGAUAUUCGGACAAAAGCAGAAGAUCAACUAGGCAUAAUAACAUCUUGUAGCAACCUCUCUUCUUCUCCUUCUCCUUCAUCCUCAUCAGAUCCUAGCUUCCAAUCACACUUCACCGAUUACUUGCUCGACCCUCCUCAAGAAACCCUCGAUGCUCUCAUGCAAGACUCGAGUUUCCACAAUCUUCUAGUAAACUUCUUUGACUUUAGCUCCGAUGCUUGUGAUGUAUGCGAGUCUCUUCUUCAAUGCAUCCAACAAAUCAAGAUCAAUCACAUCAAAAUCAAAAGGGUUAUCAAGAUUGGGAAAAGAGUUUGUAACGGUGCUAAAACCCCUGAAUGUGCUUUGAUAUUUCAAAAACUCUCGAGAUACGCUUUGCUGAAAAACCCUUUGUAUUGUAUCAUCAACCAAUCUCAGUUCCGGAGAGUUCAUGAUGCAAACACGGAUUUGCUGUCCAGAUUGACGUCGAAAAGGAGAAGAAUCAGAAGAAAAGCCAGGUUCUUUAACUUUUGCAAGAAGCUAGGAGGUUGUAGUCUAGUGAUAUCUCAUUGCGCUAUUGUUAUUGCGUUGCUGAUUGUAGCGUUACACAGCAUACUCGGCGUUUUAGCAGCUCCUGCUAUGCUCGGUUUAUGCUCAUUAGGUCUCUCGAGGAAGAAGAAAGCGAAAAGAAACGUGGAGAAUAAGAGCAAGACUGAUACAACUCUAGAGAAGCUUGGGACACAAAUGGAUAUAGCAGCUAAAGGAAUGUUUAUAAUGAUAAAUGAUUUGGAUACGUUGAGUAGACUUGCUGGGAGAUUAUCCGAUGAGAUAGAGCAUAGAAAAACCAUAGCUGCGAUGUGCGCAAAGAGUGGAAAGAUUGAAGUGUUAAAGGAAGCCUUGAGAGAGUUUAAUGGACAUGAAGAAAGAUUCUUAGAGCAAUUGCAAGAACUUGAAGAACAUCUCUACCUUUGUUUCCACACUAUUAAUAGGUCAAGAAGACUAGUGUUUUCACAAAUCACUGGACCAAGUUCUUGAUUUUUUUUAUUCUUUGGGUUCAUCAAAUAAACACUUUUGUAGGGAUUAUAUAUGAAUUAUCAUAACAUAUAAAAAAAUGUAAGAAUGUCUUUCAAUGUUUUCUUCAUGAUUCUGGUUCAACUGAGUCAAAGGAAGGAAACUAUGUUAUUCUUUUGUUUUUUUCUUGUAAUCUUCAUUGGAUUUUAAAUUUAUUAUGCUG